AUGACGGGACAAAUCCAAGGUAUUACGGAGCCACGGUGGCAAGAGCGGAAGCCGAGCUCCCCGCCGCGCCCACCGCUGCCACCACCACUGCAUCGGUCUGCACCCUCUCCGUCACAGCGACCGUUGUCACUACCUCAGCAAUCCCAGCACAAGAGAAAAAACAAUCUACCACGGCAUCCCGAGCUCUGGGUGCCCCGAAUCUCUUCGCCACUGCGGCAAGCACAGCUCUCGAGCCCGUAUCAGGCGCACAAUCCGGAACCGCAAAAUCUCCCGAGCCCACGGCCAAACUCAGCAGACGUCUCUCCACUAACACCACCUCCCCAGUCUCCGGCGCGUGACAAAGCUUUGAGUCCAGAGAGAAAAACGCUUUUCGCCGUGCCCGAUACCGGAUCUCAGCCUUCCAUAUACGGCACACAGGAUCCUGCCAUUGUCGAGGCCCUCCUGGUCGCCGAGGAGGAAAAAGGAGAGCCCCUCCUCGAGUGGGAGAGUGAAACAAUCAAGGCAAGUAGAGGGAGCAAAGCGAGGACUUCCAAGGUCCAUCGUCGCUCUGUAUUUUGCCGCUGGGAGAGAGACCCCUGUGCUAACCGUGCGGCGUCCGAGUCGUCUUCGACGGCUCUCGCCUUUUUGCUCAAGUCCAUGACCGGUAUGCCAUCCAAGGAGCAGAAGCAGAUGGGCAUCGUGUCCAUUGGCUCUGUGAGUCAAAAAUGCCUUCAGCCGUCCGAAGCAGUUGCCGCUGUGACCACUGUGCCUACAGUCCCGGCCAUCGACUACGAGGCCCGGGCCCAACAGGCGCUUUUGUACGAGAAUGAUGGCAGCAGCAACGAUGGUAGCAGCUGUGGCGACUACACGACCAUAUGGCCAGAAAGUUCGUACUAUUUCAGCAGCAACCCGGGGACAGCCAUUGAGAAGCGGCACCGCAGCCAGCCGACACCCACAAACCGAAGCAGCAGAAGCAGAAGCAACAGAAGCAGCGCGGAAAGCAACGCACUCAAAAGAGAAUCACACGCCUCGAAAACAACCGAAACGCGCCAGGUGCACUUUGCUCCACCGUUGUAA